GAUUCCUCCAGCGGUCUUGACGUCCGCUCCCGCGUUCCUUCACGUCCUCCACGCGGUCUCGGUCGCGAGCAAGCUUCAAAAUAUCGCCCCUCGCCCUCUUCUUGUUCCUCGUCGCCUUCUCCCUCUUCAACUUUUUCCUCACCGUUUUCACCAGUGUCGCCGUCAUCGUCUUCCUCUUCACGUUUUUCUUUCGAGUAAGUUCACCUCCAGCCCGGAACCGCGUCCGGUCCCUCUAAAGUGCGCUCCCCGGAUUUCAACCCUUAGCUCGCCGCUUCCUGCUUUUGGAUAACGCUUUACCACGUACACUUGAGUGAUGGAAAAUGGCGGAUUCGUGGGCGAAAUUUGUGCGGAUGAAACGGACUCGACGGCCCAAGCGGCCGUGGCGGUUCGGAACGCCUAUAAACGCUACACCCCCACCGCGGUCAUACUCAAAAACCUCAACAUGACAGUCAAACAAAGCACCGUAUACGGUCUCCUAGGUCCUAGUGGAUGUGGCAAAACGACACUGCUCAGUUGUAUCGUCGGCAGGAUACACUUAGAUUCAGGGAGUGUCAACCUCAGAAUAAGACAAAAAAGUAAAUUAGGGUACAUGCCACAGACUCUACAAUUGUAUGUACAAUUAACUAUAUACGAAAACCUAGCAUACUAUGGAUAUGUUUUUGGCAUGGACAAAAAAGCAAUUCAAGAAAAGGCUGAUGAAUUAUGUACGUUCCUACAACUUCCUCCCCAACACAAACUCGUGAGCAAUAUCAGUGGAGGACAACAACGAAGGGUUUCUUUCGCAGUGGCUUUACUACACGACCCAGAGCUACUUAUUUUAGACGAACCAACCGUAGGAUUAGAUCCUGUUUUAGCGAAUAAUAUAUGGGAGAGAUUACUAGAAAUGACAAAACACGGUAAAACAAUAAUUAUAACGACCCAUUACAUAGAGGAGGCUAAGAACGCACACCAGAUUGGAUUGAUGCGUGGUGGCGUUCUCUUAGCAGAAGAAUCUCCAAGUUCGCUCAUGGCAAACUACAAUUGCUCAUCCUUAGAAGAAGUAUUCUUAAAACUUAGUUAUAAGCAAGAAACUCAACAGUCACAGCCACAACCAAUAGAGGAAUUUACCAUAGCAGAAAAGCCACCACCUUUACCUUUAGAAGACACUUCCGUGUUUCGUUUCACUAGGUUCUAUGCAACGUUCAUGAAAUUGUUAUACUUAUCACGGAGAGAGCUUAGAUUCGUUGCUUUCCUGAUCUGUCUACCUCUAGCUCAAUCCGUGUUCUUCAACUUGGCCAUCGGGACGGACCCGACUGAUCUCAAAAUUGGCAUAGUCGACGACGAGCUGAGCCAUGGGCUCCGCGAGUGUCGGAUGAGCCGAAAUAAUCAUUGCGCCUACAACUACACCGAGGACCUCAAGCUAAGCUGUCUCUAUUUGGACGAACUCGAGAAGAAAAAUUUCAAACUGAUCGAGUUCGACGAUAUAGUGUCGGGGAAGAAGGCAAUCAAAUCAAGCGAUCAAACCUGGGCCCUCAUCCAUUUCCCUCGAAACUACUCUGAGGCGCUGUCCCAGCGAGUCAACGACGGCCAUGAUGCGUCUGGUGAAGCACUUUUCCAUAGCUCUGUCGACGUAUGGGUUGAUCUUUCAAAUCAAUACAUCGGAAAUAUGGUGAGGAGAGAUAUCUAUUACGCGACCCAAAAUUUUCUACAAUCAAUCUUCAUGGUGUGCGGAGACUCACCGCGGCUUGGAAGUUUACCAAUCGUUUUCAAUGAGCCGAUCCAUGACAUAGGCACUCCUGGAUUUAUUCAUUUUGCGUCGGUAGCGUUCAUCAUUCUAUCUUCAUUUUACUUUCCUCUGAUCAGUUCGGAAGCGCUGAUCCUCAACGAUAAAAUGGAGGGAAUCAUCGAGCGAUCUGUGGUCGCCGGUAUGAAAUUUGCGGAGAUCGCAGUUGCAGAUUCUCUAUUUUUAGGAGUGGUGUAUAUACUCCAGAUGAUCAUUACGAUGGUGGUUUUGUACGGGGUCUUCCAUAAUCCGUUCAAGGGUGACGUCGCCAUUUCAUUGGCCAUUCUCUUUCUCGCUGGUGUUCAAGGAAUCUUUUUCGGAAUUCUAAUAGCACUGAACAGUAAUUCUUAUACGGAGGGGGCCUAUCUAGGAAUCGGGAGCAAUCUGGUCCUAACUUUCAUCAGCGGUUUGGUGUGGCCGAUUGAGUCUCAUCAUUUCCUGCUGAAAUUAGUUAGUCCAUACUUUCCACUCGUUCUUCCGACGGAAGGGCUGCGAGCUGUGACAGCCAAAGAGUGGGGAAUAGAUCAUCCGGUAGUUAUCAAAGGAUUUCAAUCCUCGUUCAUUUGGUGUUCUAUUUUCAUAAUUGGUGUUUUCCUAACUUUAAAGUUUAAAAAGAAUGCUCUGAUUAUAUAUAAGUGAGAACAUAACUUGUGUAAAUAAAACAUUUAGCUCAUACCUUCUUCCAUAUAAAAUGUGAAUGGAAGAGAAUGGAAGAUUAAGGAAUAGUUGUCUAUCAGCAACGGAAAUUUUGUAAAGGGACAUGUGCAGUAGGUUUUAACUGCUCACAUAUACCUUCCCACCAGUCAAAGGAACGUAAUGACAUUCCGAGAUUGUAAAAUUAACGCAAAUAUUCAAUGUUUUACGAGGAAUUGUCUGCUUGCUUGUGUGUGAUUAAAAGGUGCAUUAGCAUUUUCAGUUAUAAUACACGUUGAGAGGGAAAUUUUUCAAUGUUGAUGUGUAAUUGCGUUGAUAUUUCCGGGAACUGGUGACAUGUUGGAUGAAGAUGUCACGAUCUCCGGAAAGAGCGACUUUUGCAAGAAAAUGCUGAAUACUCCAUUAAAAUUCAAAGGCAGUGAAGGGUGGUUUUGAAUUCUUCCGCAGAUAGACUUCUUCUGUGUCAUGUAGCUCCCAUCUGGAGCAACGCAAUUUUACUUAAAAUAAGUCUAUCUCACUCUCUGUGUACUCCACGCUGAGUUCUGUAGACCUCUGGCACACGCAUGUGUCCAAAUAAUAAGCGACGUUUAGCAAAAUGGAACUGAAUAUUUUUGGAGAAGAAAUUUGGUUCCUUUCAGCUGAAUAGCGCUUGCAUAAAUACACGAACAACCUUGAUUGCUCUUCAACAUUCAUCACAUAAAGAAACAAAGAUUGAUCGGAGAAUCCCAUCAGCAGUUACCACAAGCAUCUUUAUAUGCAAUUUUGAUGCUGUAUAAUGAUAAUUGACGGGUCGACAACAGCACAGAUUUUGUAUGUAAUAAAAUGAUGAAUAUAUUGAAAUAAAUGUACAUAUUAGAUAUACUAAAGUUGAAGCCCCAACGGGCUCAGAAUGAGGGAGAAAAACAUCGAUUCAUGGCGGAGUCCCAAUUCACUCUUUGUUUUAUCAUUUUUUUUAAUUAUCUUAAAAGUCUUUUAAGGGCAUGAACGUAAAUUUAGACUUUGUGAGUCGUUUUCAUUCAUGUCAUUGAAUGAAACUCAGCGAUACCUAUAAUGCAUUCAAUACUCGUCUUUCAUCAAAUUGAGUAUUCAUCGCAUCCAUUAAUCAUUGCACAUUGUGUCGUUCUCUUAUUGAAUUGCUCGAUCGCUCGAAAAUCAAUCAUUCAACUAUCGAUGAAAUCUAUAAUUGGGAUAACUUUCGUUAUACUUAAAACCUUCAGAGUCCGACAUAUUGUGAAAAUGUAAAAACAGAUUUCGAUAGAGAAAGUCAAACACGUGCAUCUGCAUUCUGCACUGAGAUGCUUCAAAAUUACAUCUUUUUGUUUAAUUUCUUUAAAAAAAUUAUAAUAACGUCACUGCUUGAAAUUUCUGCUGAUUAUUUUUUAGAGAGAUAUUAGAUCGAAACAUUAUUCAUUAUAUUUUGUGGUACAGUUUUCAAGAUAAAAUGCCCGCUCAUUUUCCACUGAAAAUGAAAGCCUGCAACUUGGCAAAUCGGAAUACUUGUUUUUCACCUUCACCGUCUAAAUUCCGUACCACAAUGAUCCAUUUAUAGGUAUUCCUCCUUUUUUUAUACUUCGAAUAUUUAUUUGUUUUAUAUUUAACUUAUUACCUAUUGAUUUUAAGUCAAAAGUAUGUUUGUAGUCAUUUUUCAGUCAACUUGUAUUACAGGACUUCUGAAAUUUAAAUUAUUUUUAAUAAAACUUUAAUUGUUUCUAUA